AUGGCCGCGUUCAUUCUUGAGAGCGGCCCCGCCUUGCCGCGCGUGCGGCUGCGGGCGCCAGAUGCCGCCGCGGCCGCCGAGCGGCUGGCGGUUCUGCGGUCCGAGGUCGCGGCCCUGAUGGUGGUGUCGGCCCUGCAGGACGGUACAGCCCUGCCCCUGCUACUGCUUGCGCCGCUGCCCGGCUGCGGCCCCGGCGCCGCCGGGCAGAUCGAGCUUGCUCUGGCAGCCCUCGACACGUGGGAGGGACGCCUGGCCCUCAUCCACGCGGACCGCUCGCGCCUCAGGGCUGACGCCGCCGCCGCGCGCGGCGCGCCCGCGCGGCUGGCGGAGAUCGUCGGCGAGCUGAACGCCAAUCUGCAGGAGGGGGUCUGCAACUACCUGACGGCGUGGCUGGUCGUCUUCUGCAACGUCGCGAGGCCAGAGCAGUUUGCGGCGUACAUGCUUGCGUGCGCGCCGUGGGUGCCGUCGAUGCCGUGCGUGCAGGCCGGUCUGCGGGCGCUGAUGGCCGCAGCGCCGGCGGCGGCGCCUGCAGUGUCGGCGGGGCCUGAGUUGUCGAUGUCGGGUGGUGCAUGA